AGGUUUCAUCACCAAAGAGUACCAUUGGUCAUUCUUGUAUGUGGAACUGCUUGUACUGGAAAGUCCACGAUUGCAACACAACUUGCUCAAAGACUCAAUUUACCAAAUGUCUUGCAGACAGAAAUGGUGUAUGAACUUUUGCGCACAUCAACAGAUGCCCCAUUGACUUCCACACCAGUUUGGGCUCGUGAUUUUAAUUCACCUGAAGAGCUAAUAACAGAGUUCUGUAGAGAAUGCAGGAUUGUUAGGAAAGGCUUGGCUGGUGACUUGAAGAAGGCAAUGAAAGAUGGGAAGCCUAUCAUAAUUGAAGGUAUACAUUUGGACCCAAGUAUUUAUUUAAUGGAAGAGGAAAACAAAGAUUCCAAUCCAAAAGAUGUAGUGUCAGGAAAUUUGGUGGACACCACAAAAAUAGUGGAAAGUAGUCCAGAAAAUGUCAUUGAUGAGAGCUGUUCUGCAUCUGUAGAUGAUACUGAGAAUACUUUGACUGUCCCAGAGACGGAAGUAACUAUGGAUGAGAGAGGCACUUCUGAGCUUAAAGACGCUAAUGAUUCAAGACCUACUUUGGGUGCUGACAUUUCUUCUGAAUCUCUAGGUGAUGCUCAUAAGGACUUGAAGUUGCAAAUUGACAACACCUUGAAACCUGAAAAAUCAGGCAGUGAUCCAAUAAUUAUUCCAAUAGUUUUAAAGAUGGCUGAGUUUGAUCACAAGGCUCUUUUAGAGGAAUGGGUAGGCACUAGAACAUUUCAAGAUAAAUGCAUAGUCAAGGACCAAAAUAAGCUUAUAAGCAACUUGAAAACCAUUCAGGAUUACCUUUGUUCUUUUGAGUCACAGGGAAUGACAGUCGUGAACAUAUCUGCGACAACAUUCCCUCAAACUCUGGACCGUCUCCAUAGCUAUCUUCUUCAGUGUAUUGAGCAAGGAAUUCCGGUUGCGGCUUCUAAAAAUGGUAGGCCCUAGGAGAACUAGGGUAUUCAGAGCUUCAGAUCUAAAGCAGUUGACAGGUGGCAGCUCUUCACAUGGAAAUCAAAGUUGAUGAAUUUGUGGAUGGAUGUGCAGUUGCAUUAAGAAGAAAAAAUGGGCCAUUAAUUUUUUUUUUUUUGUUGUUGUAACUAAGGAGGAUGAUGAUGUUGUUGCACUGAUGUCCACAGUCCACCACUCUGUGACUGUGAUUACCGCAUCAUCUCCCUUCAGCUUAUGCCUAAUUAAUCAGGUCUUUUGAUUGCUGCUACAAUAAUAAAUAAAUGGAAAGAUUUUUAAAA